AAUAAUACGAAAAAGGCAUUGAAAAUAAAGGGAUUGGAGUUUGUAUAGCAUUUUAAAUAAAUUGAUCAAUGCUAUAUUUACAAAUAUAAAUUUUUCUAAGAAAAAAUGCUGAUUGAUUAAUAUGAAAAUUGAAUAUAUAAUUAUUUCACUUUACCACUCCCUAUAUUUUAGCUCUUAAGAUCGUUUUAUAUACCGCUAGUAAGUGCGGAAAAAUCAUAUACAUAUAAUCGUAGCACGUUAUAAAACAUGCAAAAAGGUUUUCUCAAUAUGCAAGAAAAAAAUAUUUUACAUGGACCGCCAUUGCCCGAUUUGGAAUUCAAGAAUGUAACAUUAGGACAAUUGAUAUUAAAUCAAUUAAGUAUUCGUGGUUCUUGGGUAGCACAGAUAAAUGCUUAUACAGAAAAGUCACAAACUUUCAAAGAUAUUUUAGACAUUAGUCGGAAAUUGGCAAUUGCCUUUAAUAAAGAAGGACUAAAAAAGGAUGAUCGAAUAGCUAUAUGUAGUGAAAACAAUCUAGAAUAUUGUCCAGUUGUAUGUGCUGCAUUUUACUUAGGUGUUACUGUCUGCCCGUUAAAUCCACUUUAUACAGAAAGAGAAUUAAAACAUGCAUUAAAUAUAUCAAAACCAAAAUACAUUUUUGUAUCAGCAAUCGGAGCAAAGAACAUAUACAAGGUUAUUCCUCAGCUAUUCUGGUUACCAAAGCUUAUAAUGUUAACAGAAGCCAUAGAUAGUAAAUUACCAAGUAUUAAAACUCUAACGUCAAACAUAAUCGUUGAUAACAACUUCCACGCCUGUUCUGUAGAUGUUAAUGAUCACGUGACAGUUAUUUCAUGCUCUAGUGGCACUACAGGAUUGCCAAAAGGAGUAAUGUUAACAGACAAAAACUUUUUGUCUGUGAUAAAAAAUCUAGCAGUUGCAUCGCCUAAUAUUCUAAAUACAAAUACAACAGGUUUAGCUUUAUUACCAUUCUUCCAUGUGUAUUCCUUUUCCGUGAUGCUGGUAGCACUCGUUUUUGGAAAUAAAAACGUAAUUCUUCCACGUUUUGAAGAGAAACUAUUCUUACAUGCCAUAGAAAAGUACAAAAUCGAACACAUAACUGUUGUGCCGCCACUUAUGGUGUUUUUAGCGAAACAUCCUAUCGUAGAUAAAUAUAAUUUAUCUAGCAUUAAAGAGAUUUGGUGUGGUGCAGCACCUUUAUCUGAGGAAAUUGCAAAGAUGGUUGUAAAGAGAUUAAAUAUGCCAAUAAUAAAACAAGGAUAUGGAUUAACAGAAACUACUUUGGCAGUGAUGAAUUCACCUGAUAAUAAUACGAAAUAUACAAGUGUAGGAACGUUAGUUCCAGGUGUAUCAGCUAAAGUAAUACCAAUUGACGGAGAUGAAUCAAGUAAACCCCUAGGACCAAACAAUGUAGGAGAAUUAUGUUUCAAAGGAGAUAUAAUAAUGAAAGGCUACUGCGAUAAUGAACAAGCUACCGCGGCAACAAUCGAUAAAGAUGGUUGGUUGCAUUCAGGAGAUGUAGGAUAUUACGAUGAACAGGGCUAUUUCUAUAUAGUAGAUCGUAUGAAAGAACUUAUUAAAUACAAGGGAUUUCAAGUUCCACCGGCUGAAUUAGAAGCAAUAUUAUUAACCUGCUCUGAAAUUAAAGACGCGGCGGUUAUUGGACUACCGCAUGAAGAAGCAGGCGAGCUACCGGUUGCUUUUGUUGUUAAGCAAGAAGGAUCUAAUAUAACAGCAGAAGAUAUUAUUAAAUUCGUAAAUGAACGUGUAUCAAGCCAUAAACGACUUCGAGGUGGUGUUAAAUUUAUUGAAAAUAUUCCACGAACUGCAUCGGGGAAAAUCCUACGACGAAUCCUGCACGAUACACUCAAAUCAAAAUUGUAAAAAAUUUACAACAAAAAGGAAUGAAACAUUUCCAAUUUAAAUAUAUUCUUCCUUUAUAUUUA